GGCAGUCACUGGGAGGCGCUGUUCCAGCGCGCUUCGAGAAAGCGGCGGGGUCGCAGCACCCGUCGGUGGCGACCACAUUGGGUACAUGGUGGGGCUGCGGCGGAGCCGGGGGCCGGUACGAGGAGGCGCUCCCACUCUAUGAGCGCUCGCUGCGCAUCUUUGAAAAGGCGGUGACGCCGGAGCACCCGUUCUUUGCGACUCCGCUGAUCGACAUGGCGGGCUUGGUUGAAAGGCAGUGCAAAGAAGAGGACUCUGAUCGGCGCUUCCGCUGUGAAAGCCGAGCUUCUACACCUGAGAGAAGGCACUGGGUUCGAUCUCACCACCGUAGCUAG